CUUGACUUCGUGCAUCUACCUGUUGGUCAACUGGAUUAUCUUGUUUCGUGCAAAGAUGUCUGCACAUCAAAUGCAAUGCAAACAGCCAACAACCCUCCCACCUGGCUUGAGUAAAAUUACUUCAAAGCAAAGCCAAGAGCCUGUGCCAUGCGCUGAGCCGGUACCAUGUCCUCCACAGCAGCAACCUGAAGUCCAAAUCCCAGUGCCAUGCCCUGAUCCAGUCCCCGUAGUAGUGGUACCGUGCCCAGAAAAAGCAGCACCGUUGGUGGAACCAGGCCAAGGAGAAACACCAAUUGUCGUGAUACCGCAGUGUCCACCACAGGAACAGCAGGAGAAACAGCAAUGCAAGCUACCACCAACUUUCCCUCCUGUAUCAUGCCCUGAGCCUGUCCCAUGCCCUCAGGAGAAACUACCAUGUAAAGAGCUGCCGGAGCCAAUCCCCGUUCCCUGCCCCGAACCAACUUCGUGUCCCCAGGAGAAGCAGGAGUGCAAGGAGAUCCCUGUGCCGGUCCCUGUUCCCUGCCCUGAACCAACUCCGUGUCCCCAGGAGAAGCAGGAGUGCAAGGAGAUCCCCGUGCCGGUCCCUGUUCCCUGCCCUGAACCAACUCCGUGUCCCCAGGAAAAGCAAGAGUGCAAGGAGAUCCCCGUGCCAGUCCCUGUUCCCUGCCCUGAACCAACUCCGUGUCCCCAGGAGAAGCAGGAAGGCAAGGAGAUCCCCGUGCCGGUCCCUGUUCCCUGCUCCGAGCUGGAGCACUGCUCUCUCUCAGAGAAGUGUCCACCCAUCGAACAGCAACAAGUGAAGCAGCCCGUCCAGUGGCCACCGACGCAGAAGUAA